CUUCUUCAAAACACCACUAUACCUACUCCUCGAAAAUUUUAAGAUAUUUUGCCUUGGUUUUGAUAUUGUAUAUAUUCAGAGGUUUACCUGUUGAACAAGAGUAUAUAGAGUUUAGUAGCCUUUGGAAGGGCAUGAAAGAUUAUUAUCGAAGAACCUUUUUACAAUAAAAGCAGAAAUGUCGGAUAUGAGAGAUAAAUCAAGUUCAAUGUCGGAUUCCAAUCAUUCAUUACCAUUAGAAAACAAGACUACUGCUCCUAACGACUCUAAAAUUGAGAGUAUUGUGAAAGCACAAAUUCUUUUCUUGCUAUCCACUUUAAGGGAAGAUCAGUAUGAUACAAAACUUGAGCAAAUUAGGCAACUUAUCAAUAAGAACGCGCCAGGUGUAUAUCACCAUUUCUUGCGUCGUUUAGUGCAAGGUAAUUCCUACCGUAUCUUCGGUACUGGGAAGUCAUCUGACGGUCUGGCGACCUACAAAUUGUUGUUAGACGAGUUGAAGUCAUUAACAAAGUCUUGGCCUUUAGCAAAGCGUUUCAGUGAUGCCAUUUCGGGAUCUGAUUCAGAGGUUUUCGAAGACUUUGAUAUUGAGACAUUUUUAAAUCACUUUCAGUUUUCCCCUAUAGAACGCACAAAUAUAUUAAUCGGUUUAACUACCUCCAUAAAACCAUCUCUAUCUAAAAAGGCAUCAGCUUUGCUAAAGGAGGAUUUCCAGCCUUUGUUGAACCAGCUCUCUAAUCCUAAUCUUCAACCGUACAUGGAAAAGGUUGAUUUGGAUAUGUUGAGGGAAGGCCUGUUUACUUCAGAUUAUGACCGUAUACCGCUGAUUCAAGUCCCCAAAUUUGAUUCGGUGGUUGAGAAACGUCUAGCUAAUUGCCGCCCUCUUACUGCUCUGUUUGGUAACUUAAAGAAUUCGAAAGCUACCCUGAAAACCAUGAAAGAAGCCAUAACUAAGAAAUAUCCUCCUGAAUCCGUAACCGAAUCAGAUGUUGCUUUCCUCAUUAAUUCUUUAGUUGCAAUCCACGAUUAUGGUUCAUGGGACACAGUCUUGAUGGGGAAGGCAAUUGUAUCAGCCUUUGAGCAUUUAGAUUGGGAAUCGAUGCUUCCUAUGUUCGAUAAUCCGAAAUUUAUGGUUACUGGAAGCCCUAGUCUCAUUUUAUUCAUGACUAUUUUUACUAAUGCUUUCAAGCUCAAACAGCGAACGUUCACGUUAGAUUUUCUUUGGAAUCUUUGGAAGAACCCCUUAUCUCAGCUAUCUAUAAUCUCGCAUAUUAUUUUGACACCUAGCCAUCUGUUUGACAUCAAAGGGUAUAAUAUAACACCUAUCGUUUCUGUCGGAGAUUUGGAUGGUUACAGUGAAGAACUUGUUAACUAUGCUAAGGGAUACGAACAGAGUAAUCUUAAUUGCCUAGAAUUGGUUCGCGUACUUCUUCGGUUACUAACUGAAGUUGUCACUUACGAAACCUCCUUAUUUUUGAAUUUUCUAGAUGAAAAAAUUUCCGCCGAGCUUUUACUUCUGGGAACUCUUCAGUUAUCUAUGCCAUGGAAUCAAGUACAGGAGUCAUUAGCUUUCCAAUGGUGUUCUGACUUUUUCAGUAAUUUUCCCCAACACAAGUUUGUCUUUCAUAGAAUCGAACAUACUAAUCCUCAAUUUCUCUUUGCGUUCUUGCGGAGCUUAUGGCUAAAAGACAGUUUCUUAAUUGGCCAGAUUGUGAGCUUUAUUCUUGAAAAUAAUUUUGUCGAGCACAUCAAUAGUGUUCAACCUAAUCGUUUUGCUUUGGAGAUUGCGGCUCUUGCUUGUGCCCGUAAGGCAAUUAACUUUCAAACUUGGCUUGAUGGAAGGUUAUCUGAAUUCAAAGAUGCUGAAAGCCUAAACAUUUUUCUUGUUGAGGUGUUGGACUUUUUAAUGGUCCAUGCAGCUUUGCAGAAGUCACCAACCGAGAACAAGGAGCAGCUUAUACCUUUAUCCAUCGAUGUCGUUAACAUUCUUUUAACUACCUUAAUGGACAAUGUCAGUAUUUCAGAAGAAGUCAGCGAACACAUUAAGGACGUACAGAUUCUCUGCCUUCAGGUUUACCCUCGUCUUUUUGCACUGGGACAUGAUCGUGAUGAUCUUAUUAUAAAUGUUAAUGGUACGAAUUCCUUCUCUUCCGAUGUGGAAGCUGAAGUAGAAUCAUUUUUCCAAGCCUUAUACGAGCGCAAGCUAUCCAUUGGUAAAAUUGUACUUACUCUGCAAACUUUUAAAAAGUCCGAAAAUCCUCGUGACUUGGAUCUAUUUGCUUGUCUGCAACACAGUCUUUUUGAUGAGUAUAGAUUUUUCCCUGAUUAUCCUCUAGAAGCUUUGGCACUAACUGCAGUUCUAUUCGGCAGUCUUAUUCAAUUUGAUCUCCUUUCUUUUGUACCUCUUGGAGUGGCUCUGCGUUAUGUGUAUCAAGCUCUUUUAAUGCCUACAGAUUCCAAAAUGUUCAGAUUUGGUAUGCAAGCCUUAGUACAAUUCCAGGACAAGCUUCCGAAGUAUAUAAAUUACUGUAACUUGAUACUUGGGAUCCCUUCUUUGCAAUUAACACGACCCGAUAUUUAUAAUUCUAUUAAAGAGAUGAUUGCUUCCGCAGAAACGUCAACAUUGGAAGCCGAGAAGGAGGUUGUGAUACCUGAAACUUCGGCCCUUCCGAGUCCUAAAGCGCCAUCUUAUUCCUUUGUUUCCAUAAGAGUGCCUGCAUUAUCUUUCCCCAACGUUGGCGGUGAAAUUCAGGAGUCCGUGUGUGACAACAUUCUUUUCGCAUUGAACAAUUUGUCACAGCUUAAUUUUAAUGAGAAGUUACAGACUGUCAAAGAAAGUUUGACACCUCCUUAUUUAGCAUGGUUUUCUCACUAUAUAGUAACACAACGUGUUAGCCGAGAAGCCAAUUUCCUUACUUUGUAUAGUAAGUUUCUGGAAGAAUUGAAAAAUAACGACUUAUACAAGAUUGUGUACAGAGAUACUUUGCAAGCUGCUUUGGAUAUCUUAAAUUUAGACACUGACACAUUGUCUUCUAUAGAAAAGUCAAGUUUGAAAAAUUUGGGAUCGUGGCUUGGAAGUAUAACUUUAGCAAGGAACAAGUCAAUCACAACUAUGAACGUCGCAUUCAAGGAUUUAUUACUGGAAGGUGUCGAUAGUGAGAGGAUUGAUCGUGUCCUUCCUUUUGUAUGCAAAGUACUGGAAAAGGUUACAUUAUCAAAGGUUUUUAAGCCACCAAAUCCUUGGUUGAUGGGAAUUUUGAGGUUGUUAGUUGAAUUAUACCAGUUCGCUGAUUUCCGUCUGAACAUGAAGUUUGAAAUUGAGUUGUUAUUACAGAGUAUCAACGUAAAAAUUGAAGACAUUGAGCCUUCGGAGUUGUACAGGAAUCAUUUAAUUCACAAAGCCGAUUUGGAGAGGGAUCUUCCAGAAGACAUCGGCAGCCAGGACUUGCAUAGUGAUGCUAACAUUAUAAUGCAAUAUAUUGCAGCAGCUUCGCCGCAAAUUAUUGUUUCCGAUACCGUUACUCAAAUAUUUGGAAAAUCUAAAGCGGCCAUCAAAAACAGUAUGCACUUAAUCAUACAACAAUCAGUUUUAGAGAUUAUAUCCGCUGUCGUCAGACGAUCUGUAGGUAUAUCCGCCAUAACCACCAAGAACUUGAUACAAAAAGACUUUGCAGCUGAAUCAAAUCCUUCAAAUUUGCUACUGGCUGCUAGGCAGAUGGCUAAAACUUUGGCUGGAAAUUUAGCCAUGGUUACAUGUCGGGAACCCUUACAAAUGCUGAUGAUCAACAAUUUGCGUACUAUGAUUUUACAAGAUGCAGAAAAUGUACACGCGGCUGUUGCUCAGGCAAUAGAUGAGCUUGUUCUUCAAAAUUUGUUUAUUGCCAGUUCUAUUGUUGAGACUGUUGCGUCUGAAACUGCCGUCGCAGAAAUUGACGCGGAAGUGGAACCUAUGAUUGUUGAACGUGUUCAUCAUAGAAAGACUAAUCCGAAUGUUCCAUUUAUUGAUUCCGCUGGAGCAGCUAAUUUACAUCUAAACUUGCCUGGGAUACUGAAACUUUCUUCCGAAUUAGCACCUCAACAAUUUCAAUUAUAUGAAAAUUUUGAUCGCCUUAGUCUGUUUACCAUUAUGAGCAACUCUGGUUACGGUAAUGUAAGCGAGUCUCGAUCAGAAAUUGCUGAGGAUUCAGAAACGCCGAAUGCAAGCAUGAAUGUUCCUAUGGAAGAUGAAGCAAAUCAGGCUGCACUAAACUAUGCCAGAAAUCUUUUAUUGGUGAUAGCACAGAUUUUGCAACUGUCCAGUCAAGUACCGUUUACGAGUAUGCAGGAGGUACCUGCUGAGCAUGAAUUCCACGAUUUGGUUAAUCAAUUUUUGACAGGUGUUGCUGCAAUAAACCAUCCUAUUGCUGAUCACGUGUUCCUUUUGUGUGCACAGGAAUGUUGCCGAAUUCUUUUACUAGAAAGUGCUUCCCCCUUUAUAUUAGAAGUGUUCUGUGCGAUUUUAGAAUAUAUAUGUCAAGCUUCCAAAAAGACUGCUAUCAGUGUUUCUUUGUAUUGGAACUUUUCUAGUGAUAUUGAAAAAUUGAAUCUCCCUGUUAUCCUUAGUCUAAUUCGAUUUGGGAUCUUGACAACUGCCGAGGUCGAUUACCAUGUUGCUCGAGGUAUAGACUCUGAACAAGGUAAAGGUCCUGUUACUACGUUCGCUAUAGGACUACUGAAUACGGCUGUUAGCGGAGAAAACCCCAUGGCAUUGCCAGGUAAUUUUGUGAAUUCCAUCAGUAGUCUAUACAAGCAUAGCCCUAUGUUUACUGGCGAAAUGAAGGAAGCCUAUGACCAAUUAUUUGAGUCGAUGGGUAAAAUAGCCUCCCCUGCACAGGAAAUUUUGGCAGUUCUUGACAAUAAAGAGCAAUUAAAUGAUCAAAUGAUUAUUAUCUUUGUUUCCUGGGUUCAUCUAUUGCGUAAUUCAGGAACUGAUGAUGCUCUCAAGGCAGCCUUUGUUUAUCAGCUUCAUAAACAAGGAAUUUUGGGUGAUCUAGAACUGACAAUACAGUUUUUCCGCUGUAAUUUAGAAGCUGUUCUGGUUGCUUUCUUGGAAGCCGCAUCAGCGAAUGCACCAGAUUAUUGCAACGUAGAUGCUUUAGCAUCUCUAAUCGUCAACGUUGUAAAAUACUCCGAAGCAAAAGGUGAAGAGAGUACGAGCUCAAACAAGAGUGUUUUUUUCCGAAAAAUUAUGGCUCUUAUCACAGGAAUUUUUGCCGAAUUGCAUAAUUCAAUGGAUGAAUUUGUUCAUCAGAAGACGUUCUUCAGAUUAUUUUCAAGUAUCUUAUCCGAACUUGAUGAAAAUAAAGAAGCCUUCGAGUCAACGUUUUCGGAAAUAUUCGUCAUAUUUCUUCAUAGUCUUCUUGCUAUUCAACCUAGUUACUUCCCUGCCUUUACAUUUGCAUGGCUAAGUUUAAUUUCGCAUGCUUACCUUUUGCCUAAAAUUCUUAUGGCUAAUAACGAAGAGAUUAACAGUCUUUACGGUGAAAUUUUAGCUUCAUUUUUGAAAUUUUUGGGUCUAAAGGAUGGAUACGAUAAGGCACAGUUUAAGUUGUUAUAUAACGGGUUUUUACGUAUUGUCCUUGUCUUGUUGCACGAUUUUCCCGGAUUCUUAGCAACUCAUUGCUAUCAUCUGAUUCCACAUAUUCCUUUGGAAUGUGUACAACUUCGGAAUAUGAUUUUAAGUGCUUUCCCUAACGAUAUGCAUUUGCCAGAUCCUUUCGCACAAGGCUUAAAGGUAGGAAGAUUACCGGAAGUAGCUUGUGCUCCUUUAAUUUCUGAUACCAUCUUGUCUUCUUUGGAUGAUUUUGGUUCUCAGUUGAGUUUAGAUGCUUGUCUGGCUUCUAAUAAGCCAGCUGACGUUGGCAAAUUGUACCUUGAAGCAUUUUCAAGUCUUGAGUCUUCCGAACAAUUGAAUGAAUGGGCUAAUUUGUUUGUUUUGUGGCUUAUUCGAUUCGCUACGAGGGAUUUACAGUCGAAACAGGCACCCCAAUUCCAAGCGAAAUCACCUGAAUGUGUGAUUAUUAGCACAAUCAAUAAGCAUUGCGACUCAAGAUGUCGUUACUUCUUAUUGACAGCUAUCGCUAAUCAACUACGUUAUCCCAGUAGUUAUACAUAUUAUGCUAGCUGUUUCUUCUUAUAUCUCUUUAAGAGUUCUUCAAACAUUCCUCAAGAAUUGCUAAUAAAGGAGCAAAUGACAAUGGUUCUGCUGGAGAGAAUUAUAUGCAAUCGUCCUCAUCCAUGGGGACUUCUAAUUACUUUCACUGAACUAUUAAAGAAUGAAGAUUACAAUUUUUGGAAACACCCUUAUAUCCGACGAAAUGACGAAAUUAGAAGGUUAUUUGAUAGUCUUCAUGAACAUAUAAUGGCGCCCUCGGCAAACAUUUUGAGUACCAAAGAAGAAGGAACAGAGAUAAUGGGUCAAGUCUAAAAACAGUGAAUGUUUCUUAAGCUUAGUGGUUAUACAUUAAACGUAUAUAAAAGAAAAACCUAUUCUCGAUUAAUACGAGAGAUGUUUGCAUUUAGAAGCGGUUAUUUUGAAAAAGGAAUGAGAAAAGAACCCUCACUUGUUGAUCCAACUCACGGAUUAUUUAUUGUAAGAUACGAAAGCAUAUAGAUUAUGAUACUUAUUCAAUAUAUUACCCAAUUUCAAUAGAAUUACAAUAAUGUACAGAUAAAAGAAAAAGUGAACCGGUAACG